UCUUGUUUUGUCACUGGGUGACAGAGAGAAGAGAGAGAGACAGAGGAGAGGGAGAGACAGAGAGAUAGAAAGUUUGAGAGGCUAUAAUUGGAUGCCACUGAUAGGGUUAGGGUUAGCAGUGAUAGGUUAGCAGUUUAUGAGCAGCGUCUGCUUGACAAAUGUUGUUUUCUGGAGGAAGACCAAGCUGCUCGGCCUGACAGCAGAACAGAGAAGAGGAGGUCGAGUGUGACAUCUAGACUUCCAUCCAUCCAUCCAUCUAGACUGUAGAGGAUAAGAAUUCCCACUGAGAAGAGAAGGGCCAUCCAUCCAUCCAAUCCCCACCUUGGCCUCCGCUGGCUGUCCUGGAGAGGAGAGGAAGAGGAGGAGACAUGAAGAGACCUCAUGAUUACAGCUCUCCGGACACGGACGCAGACGAGCUCAUCGACGUGGGACAGGAGGACAGCUACUGUCCAGUCUCUGGCUCCAUGUCCCCUGGCAGCACAUCUCAGAUCUUAGCCAGAAAGAGGAGGAGAGGAAUUAUUGAGAAGAGACGUAGAGAUCGCAUCAACCACAGCCUAUCAGAGCUCAGGAGACUAGUCCCCAGCGCCUUCGAGAAACAGGGCUCCUCCAAACUAGAGAAGGCUGAGAUCCUGCAGAUGACUGUGGACCACCUUAAACUAUUGCAUGCUAUGGGUGGUAAAGGCUACUUCGAUGCGCGUGCCUUGGCAGGGGACUAUCGCACGCUGGGGUUCAGGGAGUGUGUUGGGGAGGUGGUUCGGUACCUGAGCUCUCUGGAGGGGCAGACCCCCGAUCCCAUGGGGGCGCGCCUAGUGUCCCACCUGUCUCAGUGUGCCAGCGACCCGCUCCUGCUCCAGACACCAACCUCCUGGGCCUGGCCCUCCCUACCUCAGAUGGCCCCACCCUCCCAAGCCUCCUCCCUCCAGGGGGGCCGGAGGGGGCCAUCUCUCCUGGGGGAGUACCCCUCGCCCGGUUGCCUGCGGCUGGCUGCCCAGCAGGGUGCGCUGCUCGGCCCUCCUGUUGCCUCUCUGGCCAGUACCCGCCGGGCACCGUCUCUCCCCUCCCCCGCCCUCUCCCCACCCUGCCCCAUCCACAGACAUGCCCCUCUUCCCUCCCUCACCCCACCUUCUUCCAGUCAGAGGCAUGCCCAGCACUCUCCCAGUGCCCCUAGAGCCUCUCCUCUCCUCACCUCCUCCUCCUUCUCCCCCUCUGCCCCGCCACAAGUUUCCUUCAGGCCCUUCUCCGCUCUGGGCUCUGCCGUGGGCCAGCGCAGGGGCGUGGGGGCGGGGGCUAAGUCGGCACAGGGAUAUGGGACCGAGAUGAUUGGAGCCUUCUAAUUGGUCUACCUGGUGACUGUCACCAGACAUCCUGUACCUGUCAGACUUCACUUGACCAUGAAGAGCGAGACCAUGGUCAUGCUUCUGCCUGACCUCCCUCCAGACCUCUCCCUCCCACCAGACACCCUCCUUCCAGACCUCUUCCUCCCACACCCUCCCUUCAGACAUCAUCCUCCCUCCAGACCUCACAUUCUCUCCAGACAUCACCCUCCCUUCAGACAUCAUCCUCCCUCCAGACCUCACCUUCUCUCCAGACAUCACCCUCCCUUCAGACAUCAUCCUCCAUCCAGACCUCACCUUCUCUCCAGACAUCACCCUCCCUUCAGACAUCAUCCUCCCUCCAGACAUCACCCUCCCUCCAGACAUCACCCUCCCUCCAGACCUCACCCUCCCUCCAGACCUUUACCUCUCUCAAGCCAUGUCCGACAGGAGCCAAGCUCUCAGAUGAUCAAGAGAAGGUGAAAAGGAUAGAAGUUGAAGGAAUAAGGAACAGAACAAUAAUGGAGGAAGCUGCAUUAGCUUAUUCCUCAAGCAAAAAUAGAAUGUGCAGUGGAUGAUAAACUAAUGUAAACUCAAUAUCCUUGUGAGUGUGUGGGUGAGUAGUGGAGGAGGGGAUUGAGGAUGUGCAGAAGAAGCUACAUAUCUGUUAAUGUGACCUGCAGAGGAACAGGGCAUCUCUCCUAAAUGUCAUAAUCAUGUUCUCUACAUUGAGGGACACAAGUCAUAUGUAAGUACGUAAAAAUGCAUGUUUACAACAAGAGACUUAAUUGAGAUUUCGACUCAAAAGACACCUUCAUAAAAAUAAAAAAAAUCUGUGAUGUUUAGAUUUCUUAGUAUACAAAUCAUUUAAAAUGUGUUCAUAUUACAUUAUUCUGUUGACUUGACAUGGAAUGUUUUGAAAAAAUGUCAAACAAAAAAUAGGUGCCUUUCAUGUCCAAUUUCUCGUCCUUUUACUUUUCAUUGUGUGUGUGUCUGAAUACAGAGGCAUACUGUAUUGAACCAUUUUGAUUCAUAGCUGUUCAUCAGAGAUGGGAAGUAACGAAGUACAAAUACUUUGUUACUGUACUUAAGUCGAUUUUUCUGGUAUCAGCACUUUA